UGCACGGCGGGGAGGGGCCCUUGCUUCGCAUCCUCCCUCGCUUCCCAUUUGUGCAUCGGGGGGGGGGGGGGAGGCUCUGCCAUGCCUUGCUGCAGAAGACAACCUGGACGUGUGCAUGCCCGCCCCCCCCCCGGGGGUCUGGAGCCCCCCCAGCAGGCGCACACACCCCCAAGGGUGCAGAGCCCAGGCCUCGGCGCUCGGUGAUUCAGCUCCUUGCGGGGAGCUUUGAUAACGGCGCUCCAAACUCCAGCUCUCGCUGCCUGGCGGCGGUGUCACGGCGAUGACAUGCCCACAGAUGGGGAACGAUGCUUUUUUUGGGGGGGUAGUUUGGGGCUGUUUUGGUUGUGCCGGGCAUUCAGCAGCCGGCCUGGAGAUGGGGAGCGCAGGACGUGGGCGUGCGGGCAGGUCAGCGAUGGCAGAAUUAAUAAUUCAUCCCCAAAACUUCGGUGCGCCAAGGCACACCCCUCGAUUGCUGUGCUGCCUGGAUUUUAGAGAGGCUGCUGGUUUUGGUGAGAAAAAGACAGGGGAAAAGAGGUAUUCGAAGGCAUUUCUGUGCUUCAGGAGCAUGCCUGGUUCAGGCCGGGCGGCACGGCAGGCAGGAGGUUAACGUGUGCCGUGCUCCUCUGUUGCAAGCACAGGGCACGCCGAGGGCUCUUGCACAUAGCGCCUGUGAUGCAACCGAGUCCCCAAAUGCCCGGCUCCUUUCCCCAGGAGCUGGAGAGUCCAGGGAGAAAACCGGAGCUGAAGCAUAUUUUGCUCCAAGCUGUCAUCUCCCUCGGCCCAGUUCUGAACCAAAGAUGCUCAUCCUUCAUUUUCUGGUAGAUGACAAAUCAGCCAGGGAUGCCAAGCUCUUGACAAGUAACGAGCAACAACCCUCGAGCCAAAAGGGGAAAAAAAAAAGACAACAACAACAAAAAAGCCAGAAUGCUUUCUGCAGAGCUGCCCAUCUAUCGCAGGGCAACGCGAUUUUGCCGGCUGGAGCGCGGCUGUUCCCAAGCAGCGAGCACCCGGUGCCCAGAAAGGCCCCUGCUGCUCGCUGAGGCUGCCCCGCGUUUAUCAAAGCGCCUUCUAUUUCGGGGAGAAAAAGGCCGGUUUGUUGAGCAGCGAGCGUCCCGUUCACACAGCCCGCCAGCGUGAGAGGGAGAGAGCCAGCCUUCCUUUAAUGAGCUGGGCACAGAAAGGGAGAAAUGUCAUUGAAAGAUUUUCCUUCGGUGAUGGGGAGUCAUUAAAAACAAGGCGUGAUUCCCAGCCGGAUUUUUCCAGCCAAAAAGCACACGGGAUCAGUGCUGCCCUGCCCCGUCCCCAGCCCUCCUGCAGACCAUGGAGAGUGACAGAGGAGGCCCCCACGUAGCUUCACCCCCUUCUUUUCCUCUCCCCUUUGCCGUUAGGGUACCCGUUAUUUUUGCGUAGAUCCAGAAAACCCAGAUCAGCUAAAAACCAAGGAAAUCAUCCCCAUGAAAACCUACUUGCCAAUUACUUUCUGGCAUGCGCUGGUGCCAUAGCUGUAAAGAGACAGUUUAGGUAAAAACAUGGAGCCUGCUCAUUUCAAAGCAGCCGACCAGCUCUUUAUUCCAACCACCAGGUAAGGAGGCAGUUGCAUUUACAGCAUCCUCCUAAGGAGGCUUUUUGGCUAAGGUUUGCACUGCGGAGCCCGGCCUCACGAGGGGUUUGUGAUUUAGAGGCAAUUUAGCCAAGUGCCGUUCCUCGAGCUGGAGCGCUUUGCAGCAGAAGGGGGAGGGAAAAAAAAAAAACAGUGUGGCAUUUACUAAUAAAACUCUUCAGGAAUAUUUUUAGCCGUGUUAUGUCGCACUUCGCAGCAAAGCGCUCGCUUGUGAAGCCUCCUGGCGGAGGCAGAGGGCUGGGGGAGAGGCGCAGGCGGUGCUCCCGGUGGGAUGAGCUGGGGCACGGGGCAGCCCGUGCAGAUCUGUCCCAGGGCUGGCCAGGCAGCCAGCUUCUCCUCCCCUUGGCUGGAGGGCCUGACCUUUUCCCUGGCUGUGGAAAUGGGAAACGAGCUCGUUAGAAAUGGGCUCGGCAGGGGCUGGUGGGCACAGCUCAGCCCUAUGGCUCCUGUGUCAGCUGCAGCUGAUCCUCACUGCCACCCGGGAUCGGGGCUGAGACCGCCCUACUCAUCACAUUUGUGAGCCUCCAGCCUCCCCGUGCCAAGGGAUCGGUGGCCCAGGAGCAGUCCCCGUGGCCUUUCAGGUCUGUCCUUUUUUUGUCUGUCCCCGUGGCAGGAGCCACUUACAGCGCUGAGAUCCACCAGGGCACGGCCACAGCAGCACUCAGGGAGCACCUAUGCCCCUUGGCCAACCUUAAAUAACCUGGCCCAGGGGUGCGGUGGGCCCCAGGUGAGGCAGCUGAGGAGCAUUACGGGGUGGCAGUGCCCACCUGAAGAUGGCAAUGUGGCCCUUUAUGGCCUGCAGCUGCCCAGGUUUAGUGUCACCGGUGGGUGGCUCUGCCUGGCUGGUGGUGCUGCUGCACCCAUGGCCACCUGCAGCGCUUCCAGGAACAGUGGGGUCUGGUUUUCAGCCCACACUGGACAUGUAGAAGAAAUAAUGAGUUAAUCUUGGCCAAAUUCCACCUGUGCUCAGGCUCCCCCUUUCCCCUUUCCCAUCGCUGGGCACAAGCGGCUCAUUAACAGCUUUCUCCCUCGCUUUGGGAAGCGCCGGAGGGAAUAAGCUCGGCAGGCAGAAUAGCAUCUGCCAUUGUGCUGCAGGAGCACAAUCGGCCCUUUCGGAAGCUCGGUAUUAAUGAUUUAGACACAAGUUUUGUGCUGUUUUGUCGGGGCAGCUUGCAUUUGCAUUAGAAAAAUCCCGCCGAGCUGGGGAGCCCGGCCGGGCACUAUCAAUGGGAAACUGUUCUGCGCAGCGCCGCCGGGGCCAAAAAAUGCGAGCUCGGCACAUUUCUGCCUCCUGUUGUGGUCGGCAUUACCGUGUUGAUGCCUGGCUGCCCCGCUCCCAGCUGUUAGCAUCGCUGCUGGGAAGCUUCUCCCUCCUCUGCCAAAGCGAUUUAUGGGAUGUUGAUAAAGUCAGGGGGGGUCCCAGGGUGCAGGGGGACGGCUAACGUGGGGCUGGCAGCGCGUGGGGGCACGCAGGGAGGGAUGCUGUGGGGAGCAAGGCAGGACACGGUGGGCCGGUCGGCGUGGUGUGUGCACAGAUAAAAAGAAAACCCCGGGGAGCUUUGCAGUCAGCUGGAAAUGAUGGAAUUACAGGCGCUUGCUCGCUCCUCUUCGGGUCAGGGUGUUGUGGGGCCGUCACAGGGACUGCAGCACGUGGGGGUUUGCUUCUGCUUUGAGCCCAGCUCCGUCACCGCCGUGUCCCAGAUAAGUCCCCUGGGGAGAAAGGGGAGAGAAGGGGGGGGGGGGGGGGGCAAAUGGAAAAAGAUGUUUUGGGGUCGUUUCUUCCUCUUUUUUCCUCACCCAGGAGAGUGUGAGCGCUUGCCGGCAACAUGCCGCUGGUGAAGAGGAACAUCGAGCCCCGGCACCUGUGCCGGGGGGCCCUGCCCGAGGGGGUGACGAGCGAGCUGGAGUGUGUCACCAACAGCACGCUGGCUGCCAUCAUCAAGCAGCUGGGCAGCCUCAGCCGGCACGCCGAGGACAUCUUCGGGGAGCUGUUCAAUGAGGCCAACAGCUUCUACAUGCGGAUGAACUCGCUGCAGGAGCGUGUGGACCUGCUGGUCAUCAAGGUGACACAGCUGGACUCCACCGUGGAGGAAGUUUCGCUGCAGGACAUCAACAUGCGGAAGGCGUUCAAGAGCUCCACGGUGCAGAACCAGCAGGUGGUUUCUCGCAACUCCAUCCCCAACCCGGUGAUGGAGAUGUACCAGCGCUGCGACAAGCCCCCGCCGCUCAACAUCCUGACACCGUACAGGGAUGACAAGAAGGACGGCCUCAAGUUCUACACCGACCCCUCUUACUUCUUCAACCUGUGGAAGGAGAAGAUGCUGCAGGCGACAGAGGACAAGAGGAAGGAGAAGCGCAGGCAGAAGGAGCAGCGGCUGGUGGAGGACUCCACCCGGGAGGUGAAGAAAGUACGGAAAGCCCGCAACCGGCGCCUGGAGUGGAACAUGAUGGCAUACGAUAAAGAGUUUCGGCCUGAUAACAGGUUCUCACCAUCCCCAUAUCACAUGGCGUCAUCGGAAGGAUCACUGUCCCCAGACAAUAGAUCCUAUGCCUCGGAUGCCGCCGACCACUCGUACCCGGCGAGCCCCAACCACCCGGCGCAGCUGCUGGCCCCCGCCGCCCACCUGCCGGCCGAGCACAAGGAGGGGGUCCUGGCGGCCGUGCCCCCCCAGGAGCACGUCUACCGCCCGCCGGCGGGCAGCCGGCAGAACAGCCUCAACCGUGCCCAGCCACCCCACGCACCGCAGCCCCCUGAGGCCGUGCUCAACGGGCCUAGGCCGCACUUGGUCAAGGAUUUUGGCCCACAGCCAGUGCCGAUGGCGGAGUACUUCGUGCCGCCAGCCCCGCCGCCCCCACCACCCGUCAUCCCCUCGGCGCAGACCGCCUUCGACAGCCCCAUGGCGGCCCCUGCAGCGCUGCCCCCCGGUGCGGCCGCUCCUCCAUCCUACGCGCCCUCGCCACCGCCCCCUGCACCGCCCGGCCCCUACUCCGCUUCCCCGCCGCAGGCCGGCGCCAUGGCCCCCCCCGUGGCCCCGCCGCCGCCACCACCAGGGCCCCCUGCUCUCGCCGCCUCGCCGGCACACUCGGUGUCGCCGCCGGCCCCAGCCGCCGAGCCGCGGAAGCCGGCCAUCCCGCUGAUGCCCAUGAGCGACGCCCGGAGCGACCUGCUGGCGGCCAUCCGCAGGGGGAUCCAGCUGCGGAAAGUCCAGGAGCAGUGGGAGCAAGAGGCCAAGAAAGAGCCCGUGGGCAACGACGUGGCCACCAUCCUGUCCCGUCGGAUCGCGGUGGAGUACAGCGAGUCGGACGACGACUCGGAGCUGGACGAUAACGAGUGGUCAGACUGAGGGGGCCGGGACCGGGCUGGCGGGGAGCUGCUCCGCACCAGGUGCGUACCUGGGUGCCCACACCCGCCAUCAGCCCCGCUAAUUCAGGAGCUUUUGCUUUUUACACCAUGUCGAAAACCAUGUCGGGCAGCGCUGGAGGCUGUGCACGGGUAGGACAUGCCUCCGGGGCGGUGAGGCUGGGAAUUAGCAGCACCUCCGCGUUUAACGAUGCUGGAAAUGCUCUGGCACCGGGUAAUGCACGGCCACAGGGUGGCUUUGUUAGGGAAACGACACCGCAAGGUGGUAGGGCUUUUGCAGCUAGAUGUUAAACGCGUAACAGGGAGACCGAGGUGUUUGCAACCUGAGCCCCUUCCCAUCCUCGGGACCAGAUUUUUGUGAUAAAAGCGUGAAGGCAAGGCUCAUGCAGCUGGCACACGUGUCCUGGGGGCAAGGGGCUGGGGGCCAUGUCCCAAAAGCCCUGCAACCCUUGGCCUGACUGCUAAAGCACUGCAGUUUUAUUUGACAAAAAGAUAGAAAAAAUGCUGCUCUUAGGUAAACCCAAACCACUGAAACAGAGCGAGGCUCAGUCUCGCUCUCUCGAUUUGCACUUUGUAGCCCCACAAAUGCCACUAGUACAGUCGAGGGCAACCCCAUCCCGGAGCACUAGCCUGAUGCUGCCCUCUCCUCAUCCCCAAAGCAUGGCACUGGUGGGGAGCACAGGAACCCCCCCCCCCCCCCCCCCCCAGUGCCAAAAAUACCAGUUUGCUCAUCAAAAUAGCGCAUGAUUCAUAGCUGCCUUUUCACGCAGCUAUUGAGGGAGGAUUUGCAGGGCUGGGGGUGCAGAACAAAUGGGUGUGAAAUACUGAAAAUAUCACAGCCAGGGGUGAGGAUCUGCAGAGGGCUGGAAGAGGCUCCCCACCAGCAGAGAACAGACCAGAACCAGGCGUGGACCCAUCUGGCACAGCCACCUGGCCCUCUCUUGCAUUCCCAUAUCCAGUGAGCCCCAAAAUGGGGGAGAAACCAGAAUACUCCCCAUUGCAUCGCUUUUGGGGACUUUGUGCCCACCUCCCCAGCAGCCGGGUGGGUGAGCACAUAGGUAGCGUUCCCAGUCCCUGGGAGCGAAUCGACCUGUAAAGCAGAUGGGAGGAUUUGGCUGGGACCCAAAAGGCUCAGGGAAGCUGAUGCUUACUUAUGUCUAUCCUGAGAACUGCUGGUCUUGAAUGACACCCUAUGUGCCCCUUUCUCCUCUGGAGAAAGAGAGAGACCCUCUCUGGUGAGACACAAUGACCAUAGCCCCCAGCUUAGCUGCUAAGAAACGUCACCAUGAACCCUUGCCUGUGCUGAGUGACACAAAAUAGCCUAUUUUGUUUAAUGCAACACUUCCCCUUUCUCUGCAUCCCACUGACUCCUCCAGAUGGGACUCGAGCAGCAUGGCAGGCUCCUCCCCCCCACCACCACAAAUUUGGCCACAGUGGAUGGUCCCACGAUCAUUAAUGCAGUGCUGAGCAGGGCUUGGACCAGGUGCAGGAGAGGGCCAGAGCAUCUGGGGAAGGAUUUAAGGUGGGAAGCAAGAUCUGUUAGUGUUGGCAGUGGUUCUGCACCCACUUCUGCCCUGCAUUUUGUUCCCCACUUCCUUCAGGAAAGCCCCCCCUUGGCAUCAGCACAGCUGGAGGAGCUGCACAGAAAGUCCUUGGGGUUUUGGCCCGGUCCUGGUGCCCCUGUCCCAGGGGAACCACCACCAUAUCACAGCGGGGGUCCCUUUGCAGAGCAGCUGGGAUGUGACCUGGAGAGAGAUCAGAAGAAAGCCUUGUU